AUGUUCUUUAUAUACACUAGCUAAAAUUUUAAUUUAUAAACAAAUAAAUGGAUUCUAACACCAAUUGUUGGAUUCCAAUUUGAUAACAACUAGUAUUUAUAAUUUAGAUGGACCUACACUUAUACUGCCUCAACAGUGUCUUGUAAAGUAGAUUCUUGUAAAAAUUAAUAAUUAAUAUAGGGGACAAACUUGUAAAGCAUACCCAUUUAACAGUUUUGAUGUCAUAUGUGAUAAAUACAUUCUAUCAACCACUACAAACUUAGACCAUAAGAAUUUCAUAAAAAAUUGAUUUAGAAGCUCUAAAUAGACCUACAGUUUAUGCAGAAUUACCAUAAACAAAUGAAGUUUUUAAUUAAAUAGGUACUUUUACUACAAUUAUUGACAAAUCCAUUUCUCCAGUGCUUAUAAAUGUCAUAAUAAAAUGUUCAUUUGCUAAGAAAAUAAAUAGUUAAUUUAAUAAAUGCAAUAAUUGCUCUUUUUAGAAAUUUUAUAUAUAUAGUCAUAAUUGCAAUAAUUAAAUUAAUUAAAUAUCUUAUUUUCCAAGAUAUUUACCAACAAAUUCAGCUCAUUAAGAAUUAAUAAUAAUAAUUAGUGAUAAAAGAAUUUAAAUUAAUUAAAUAACCUAUAAUUAGGUUGCAGCAGUUAAUAAUAUUUUGGAUAUUGAAUAAAUAGAUAUUUGA